GCGAUGGCUGGGCAGAGUACCCUGACUAGUAGCUUGAUUUACAGCCAUCAAGCUCCGACAAUGGCAAUAUAUAUCAGGAGCUGAUUUGGUGGCGUGUGAAAAGACGAAGAUCAUUGAGUGCACCACACUCACUUUUUCUCACCUCGAAGCACAUAUAUACAACGCAGCGCCUUCCAAUCCACCUGAGUGCUCACAAGUCUUGACAUCUUACUCUCUGUUUAUCAUGACGGGUCAAACACGCUUCCCGCCUUCGGAGCGAAAUGGUGCUCUGUCGACCGAUCAUACGGUCGUUAUCUCAGUAGCUUGUUACCAGGAUGGCGUUGCAGUGCCUUACUACCAAGAGUCGUGCUUUCUCAGCAGCUUUCAGGAUGCGCGAGCCGAUUGCAAAGUCCCAAGCUUUGCCAUCUUGGCUGCCCAUCUACGCGAGAUGCCCAGGUCGAUUGGAAUCAUUACCGAAACAGUUUUGCUAUGGCGCACACCAAACGACCGUUACCGCAGAGUCGAUGACGAUGCGACCUUUCUGGCAGCCUUGAUGGAUACCCUCUUCACGAGCAGUUCUACAGUAGAGCUUUUGAUCGUGGAAGGACUGGGUAUGAUAAAUUCGGUCGGUCUGCGCGAGGAGGCGAGUCUAAUGCUAGACAGACGAGACACACGCCUCUCGACAGUUCGAAAUGCAAGACAAAAGCUCAUCGGAUUCUACGAGUGAAGACGUAUGAGAGAAUCACUCGCGCUCAGAAAUCUGCACAUGCAAGAGACCAAAAAGAUCGUUCGGUUGACAAGCUCGACUCACGCUUUUGCGGACUGAUACCACCGAGGUAUAUAUAUCCUGUGGCACUUCAUCACCACCGAGGUAUAUAUAUCCUGUGGCACUUCAUCACCACCGUCACGAUGUCGGAGAGGCUCCAUGUAUUAUGGGCGCCAACGAGCAAGCUGAGUUGGUAUAAUGCGCUGCCAUCAAUCGGGAAUCUCAAUGAUUUGGUCGCAGGAAAGCUUGAUGAUCGAGAGGACAUAAUUGAUGAACGCAUAGAGGGUACGCAAACACAGAGAUUGGAUCAGAAGGAUCUCAUAGCAGAAGUAAUCAAUGGCAAGAACAAUACACUCCGGU